AUGGGGGGAAACGAAUUUGUUUUGGGCAAAAAAGAAAAUGGUGCCAUUUUUAGUUUUGCCAUGUGGGAUGCGUUCCAAGAUGCAGAUAAAGGACCAGUUCAGUUGGAGGCCUCCUCCUCAGGGAGUACUCCUCCUCAGGGAGUACUCAAGCUAAAUACAGAUGGUGCAAUGUUUUCCAAUCUACAAAAGGCUGGUAUUGGUGUCAUUUUAAAGGAUGCAUCCGGGAUGGUGGUAAUGGCAGCUUCUAAACAUGAACCAGAGGUGGAAGAACCAGAGGCUAUUGAAUUGUUGGCAAUUUUCAGAGCAUGCAAGCAUCUCCAGCUAUUUUACCACGACAUUUUCUUCAAUGGUACGGAUGCUGCAAACGCAACAACGACCAAAGUUGCAAACGAGACAGAUCAGCGUGGCGAUUUCCACUUUGGCAGGCUGGUUGUGUUCGAUGAUCCUAUUACAGUAGACAACCAUCUUCUGUCUCCUCCAGUUGCACGAGCUCAAGGGUUCUUUUUCUACAACAAGAAGGAUGAUUUCAAUGCAUGGUUUGCCUACACUUUGGUCUUCAACUCGAGCCAGCACAAAGGCACCAUAAAUAUUAUGGGUGUAGUUUUGAUGGUGGAGAAGAGUCGGGAUUUCUCAGUGGUUGGUGGGACAGGAGACUUUUUCAUGACUCGGAGGAUCGUGACCAUCCAGACCGACGCUUUUGAGGGCGACUUCUAUUUUCGCCUCAAGAUGGAUAUUAAGACGUUAUAG